CUGCGCUAACCGGAUCUGCGCAUGCGUCUUGCUGGAACACGGUUGAAGCAUGAAUCAACAGCUGAUAGUUUUGUGUACACCAGUGUGUGUUUUGCGCCCUGUUGAAUAUCCCCGUUAAGGGCAAUGUGAGGGGUGUCUGUCCAUCAAUAAAAAUGACAACUGUAGAGCCUGCUAGUCUGGAGAGCCUGCAUGUGCUUUAUCAGGAUGAUGACUACAUUGUGGUGGACAAGCACUGGGACAUCCGCAUCGACAGCAAGAUGUGGUAUGAGAAGAACACUGUGCAGGCACAACUUAGACAUCACUUCCCUCACCUGGCAGACCCCGACACCUACUAUGGAUUCAGGUUUUGUCACCAGCUGGAUUUCUCAACCAGCGGGGCACUCUGUGUGGCCCUGAACAAGGCCGCUGCCGGCCGGGCCUACCGCUGCUUCAAGGACCGAACGGUCACUAAGGCUUACCUUGCUCUGGUGCGUGGCUCAGUGAAUGAGGAAAUCAGAACUCUGGACUUCUCCAUUGGGAAGAACUCCACGACAGGCAAGACUCACAUGAUGUGUAUUAAGGGAACAGAAGGUUGUGAAAACCCUAAACCCUGUCAGACCGAGUUAACAGUUUUAGAGUAUGGAACAUACGAUGGAGACCCUGUCACCAAGGUGCUGCUGCAGCCACUAACUGGUCGGACCCACCAGUUAAGGGUCCACUGCAGUGCAAUGGGCCACCCUAUCGUUGGAGACUUUACCUACAGCUUGGGAGAGGACGACGCUCCCUACCGCAUGAUGCUGCACGCUCACCUCCUACACCUUCCCCUGGAGCCCCAGCCCCUGUUUGUGUUUGCAGGAGACCCCUUUCUUCCCACGGUGGACCGCAAGUGGGUCCCGCAAUGCACAAUACGGACACUGGAGGCCACUGUGGAGGCCCUGCUGGAGCGUAAGGUGGAAGAGGAGAAAGAGAAAAGGGAGGAGGAGGAAAGGGAGAAGCGGGAAAGGGAGGAGAGGAGGAAGGAGAGAAGGGGACACAAGUUUGAGGAAGAGAGUGAGGAGCAGAGGAGACCUUGUCAGGAGUGGCUGAGUGAAUGGGCUGGGGACUGAUGUGACUUGGUGUGAAACGUUUUGAUUUGUAUUCAUUGCAGUUUAUUUUUAACAGUUAUUUAUCAAAUGUUAGCAACUUGUCAGUGGUCACUUUUCAACGUCACCCUGGUUUACUCUUGCACACCGACACAGGGAACACUUGGGAGCUACACAGUGCCUCAAUACAUUCGUAUAUCAUUUAGAAAAGUUAAAGUUGGUGAAAACAAUUGCUUUUAAAUGCUGCUAUGAAAAAUCACAUUUGAUGAUGAAAAUGUUAAAAAUUUUAUUUAUUGUUAUUAUUCCUUAUGGAACAUGUCUGUAAUUUUUCUGCUCCAUUCUGCUGUGUCUGUGCGUCUGUGUAUAUGCCAAAACAUUAAAACCACUGACAAGUA